CUCACAUGGAGCCCCAGUACAGUAAUAAUUUUUCCUGCUUCUUGUUGCUCUUUCAUCCAUCUGGGAAUCGAAUCAAAGGAAAUCCAUAAGAACGUACGUUGUUCUUAUCAAUGCGUAAGCCUCAAAAGAAUAAGCAACUUUUCACAGUUGCCACCGAGCUCAAAGAAAGUCGAUGGAGAUGCGAAACCUUCUCUCGCUCAGUGACGAAGAUGAUAACGAGUCUCCCACGCCGCUCUUCUGGUGGUGGAAAACGGCGGAAGAAUUCAACGAACAUGGUCAGCUAAAGCUGAACUUAUCCAAGCUAUCUAACCUCACUCCCAGGCUCAAAGUCCUAAGAGAAAUGGAGCGGCUCGUUUUAAUUUCUACAGAAGGUCUCGACGAGCUUCGCCAAAAGCUCCUCACCUACCGUUCAGGCGAUUUUUGGCUACCCAUUGGAGGAAUCAACAAGGAAGAGAUGGAUAUUCCUCCAGUCAACACGAUUCUCUUGGUGGGUUUCUCAGGCUCCGGUAAAAGCUCGCUCAUAAACCUUAUGUACAGUGUUUUGGGUCGCUCGGGGCUCAUUCCUUUCGCUCAGACGUCAGGGAACUCUUGGAAUUAUAAGACUACGUUUAUGGAGGAGCACAACGUUUUGAGGUCAAUGCGAAGUGGGUUCUGUGUAUACGAUUCGCAGGGUUUGGAUUACAAUCGAAUGGGCGAAAGUCUUGAGAGCUUGUCGUGGUGGUUGGACGAUGGGGUUUAUCACCACCAGCCCUGUUGGAGAACAGCAGAUGAGGAGUUGAGAACUCAGGGUAAGGGUGAGCUGACGCCUCUGAUGGCGUUGUCUUCAUCAUCUUCGUCCAGGUUCAGAAGGAGGAGAGUAAAUUGCGUUAUCGUGGUGGUAAGCAUUGCAGAGAUCUACCAAGCGUUAAAGAAAGGCGACUUGAAACCUCUAGAGGCCACGAAGGAACUCUUCAGUUGUCCUGCGAUAAGGAAGUACCGAGCAUGCAGAAUCACUAACGAAACGAGGCGAAGUUUGUGUGUUGCAGAUGAAAAGCCCAUCCUCAUAAUGACACAUGGAGACAUGCUAUCGAGCGAGGAAAGAAUGCAGGGGCGGAUUAAGAUCUGUGAACACCUUGAUGUAUCAGAGACGAAUGGGGUGUACGACAUCGUGUGCCUGACGGAGCACGGUAUCCUCGCGGAUGGAUCGGAUCCGGUGACGGCAUACGCUCUAGUAGAAGCCAUGUAUAGGGCGUUAAUAGUUGCAGAUAGAGUCCACAUUCCGAAGCGGAAAGUAAAGGACUGGGCACUCCUCACCGUGUCAUGGCUUAUGUUCUCACUCUCUUCCUUCUUCGCUUUCUUGGCUUUCGUCUUCUCCAAACUCAGCCAAAAAACUCGAUUGCCCUCUGCAAACCUCAAAGCUGCCAGCCUGAAGCCGAGUGAAUCUCAGGAUUUAUAGUUUACCGGCGGUUGUAGUGGUGGUGGUAUUAUAAGGUGUAGUCGCAUUUCGAGAUUUUGAAUGUCUAGUCUUUCAUGAUUGUCAUGAAGACUCAGCGACAAGAAGAACCUGCAACUCUGUAUUUGAUCCAUCUUUCCUCUCCCUACCGACACGUUAGCAAUUCCGGUUCUGUAAACAUUAUGUUAACAUCUAUUACAAUUUACAACCCCUUUUGAUUUUUUGGUAGGAA